CCAAACUCUCUCACACCGCGCGCAUACUGCUCGCCCUUGCGCGUUAAUGUGCCGAGGGGGUACCUUGCUGCUCCAUUAGAAAAGCCGGAUCACAUACGCCAUCGCGUCACUUCGCGGGCGGAGACUGGCCUGUGCUCAUCUACGUGACUCCUUCUUGUCUCAAUCAGUUACUACUUGAUCUUCAUGGUUCUCAACCCACUGCACGCAGAUCCAGCCAUGCAAGCAACUCGGGCAUCCACUCUCAGUGUGUUUGCAGACUGCAGCAUCCCAGCCGGCCUGCGGAUAGGACCGGUCCCGGGCAUCUUCAAACUAGGGAAAUACUUGACCGAUCGCAAAGAGGUUGGAUCCAAGAAAAAGAUUCGCCUGUUGCGGGGAGAAAUUGUAGAUGAAUCGGGUUGCCCAGUGUCGGAUUGGAUUGGGUUUAUCCGUGCCGCCAGAAACAACCAAGAACAAAAUUUGGAAGCUGUCUCAGAUCUACCCGGUGGACAGAUUUUCUACCGUGUACUGAGGGAGAUCCCAGCAGGCGAAGAGCUGAAUGUGUGGUACUCAAACACUCUGGCCCAAUGGUACGACAUCCCUACAACCGCCACUCCAACACACGACGAGAAAGGCGAAGAACGCUAUAUUUGCUGGUACUGCUGGAGAAUAUUCAAAUAUCCGAACACACUCAAGGCCCACGUCCAUUUCCACUGUGCUCUGAGCAACGGGCGGAGCUUUAUAAACAGCGAGCAGGUCAGGGGUUCAGACAGCUUCAAUCGGUCACCUAAAUCUGGGGACAUACCCAACACGUCGGCCUCGCCCAGAAGCGUCCACAACCCCAACCCCUCCAUCUCAGACUCUGUCAGACGGACCGUGUCUUCCUCACCCUUCCACAACAAAGCUGGGAUAGCAAAGAAACCUAGCACUGAGGAGCAGGACAGAGCACUUGACAUGAGCGUUACCUCCGCCAGAAACCAUGGCCAUGUUCUGGGCCUUGGCGCGACCUCUUCAAUGUUGAGCAACAUGGGGUUCCAUCCGGGCGUGCGCUCUGCAUUCAAGCCAAUGGGCCUAUCCAAGAUCAGCGCGACUGACCUCUCUAGAGAGGAACCCAAUGGGAAGCAAAACGGACUAGGUUUCACCAAACUCCUGGGGAACUUGAAAUCAACGCGUGCCCUGAACGAACCUUUGCCUGGAAGCCAUGCCUCAAAGUGCGUCCAUCCAAUUGACUCCACAUCACCUUUGGUUCCAUGCACAAACGCCAUCCGGGGUUUUCCGUUAAUGCCUCAUUUCGAGGAGACUUCGGCUUUCAAGCAUGUGGAGAGCCGGAUGAACUCUGGACUGUCCCCCACGCGCUACUCUCAGAUGUCAUCUGGGCUCCAUUUUGAGAGAUUUUCUCUGCCUCACUUUGAUGGCGUAAAGCCAUAUAAUGGAGAUUGCAAUAUCCCCCUGAUGCCGUUCACCGUGUACAAUGGCGAACUGCUUUACAGUUCACCUUACUACCCACUGAAGUUCCAUUUUAGCAAUCUCUUAAAAUACCCGGAGUCUAUGUCGUACUUUGGCGCCCCUGCACUCAACCCAGACUUAGGUUCAAUAACCAACAUUGACAGGGAAAUAGCCAUGCACACUCAACAGUUGUCUGAUAUAUCCGUUGAAAAGAACCGCGCCAGACUCGACUCCUUGCCCACGACCAAUACAUCAGGGAAGCCCAAAAAGGGACAUUUAUGUCUUUACUGUGGAAAGCUUUACUCUCGAAAGUACGGACUCAAGAUUCACAUGAGAACUCACACAGGGUACAAGCCGUUGAAGUGCAAAGUUUGUUUUAGGCCCUUCGGUGACCCAAGCAAUCUGAACAAGCACAUCCGUCUGCACGCAGAGGGGAACACUCCGUACAGGUGCGAGUUCUGUGGCAAGGUGCUGGUGCGCCGAAGGGAUCUAGAGCGUCACGUCAAAUCAAGGCACCCUGGACAAACAAUUAAAAAAGCCGAGGACAAAACCGAGAGCAUGUUCGAAGAUCAAGACCAAAAGAGCGACAAUGACAGCGACGUUGAUGUAUGCUUUACGGAUGACCAGAGCGAUCAAGAAUCCACUAAAAAUAAUGAUUAAUUGAGACGUUGACACUUAUUAGGCCUAUGGCAAAGACUGCACAUUGUUUAUGAAAUGGUUUACAGAUCACCUGUACAGCUGUCAGUGUAAUGUGUUCUUCCCACGAAGCUAAAGUUAUUUAUGUUUUUUAAUCCUGAAAAUUUUAUAUUAUUAUUUCUCUUUACUUCAGAUAAGAUUAUUUUCAAAUCAGGUUCAGCUGUUCGUUUCCGACGGAACGAAAGGAAGAUGUAUGAUAUCAGAAUUGUAUAAUAUCACAGCUGAUGAUAGCGUAAUACAUUUGUUUUUUAAUUGGGAUUGUUAUAUGGUAAUUGAUGACCAAUAUGUUCCCUAAAUACGGCUGCACUUUAAACAGUUGAAAAAUUGAUUAUCAAGCCAUGUAAGUCAAAUGUUUAAUCACUUAAAAUCAAACUGACUAUUAUUUCUUAAAUUUUAAUUCCAAUUACCACUUAAAGUUGCACUUUCUUGAGAGAGCAUUUAAUUGUUUUAGGGCAUGUUGAAAAAGGUAGCAAAUAUUUAUAGCGGUUAGCACCUCUUCAUUAUUUAAUGUUCUUGUUUAUAGAAGAAAAUCACAUCUGACCUAAACAGGACCAUGUACAAAUGUAAAAAUAUGAUAUUUCACGGUUCAGUGAAAAAGUGUUUUAAGUUUGUUCAAAAGUGAUAUUGUAUACUGACAAUAUUUUACUCUUGUUCAUUAAGUUGUUCCUUUUUAAUAAAUGUAUUUUUAAAAAAUGG